GUGCUGUCCCUGUAUGCCUCUGGCCGUACCACUGGCAUUGUGAUGGACUCCGGUGAUGGGGUCACCCACACAGUGCCCAUCUACGAGGGGUAUGCCCUUCCCCACGCCAUCCUGYGUCUGGACCUGGCUGGCYGGGACCUGACAGACUACCUCAUGAAGAUCCUGACUGAGCGUGGCUACAGCUUCACCACCACAGCCGAGCGGGAAAUCGUGCGUGACAUCAAGGAGAAGCUGUGCUACGUUGCCCUGGACUUCGAGCAGGAGAUGGCCACUGCAGCCUCUAGCUCCUCCCUGGAGAAGAGCUACGAGCUGCCUGAUGGUCAGGUGAUCACCAUUGGCAAUGAGCGAUUCCGCUGCCCUGAGGCACUCUUCCAGCCUUCUUUCCUGGGCAUGGAAUCCUGUGGCAUCCAUGAAACUACUUUCAAUUCCAUCAUGAAGUGUGACGUUGACAUUCGCAAGGACCUCUAUGCCAACACAGUGCUGUCUGGUGGCACCACCAUGUACCCAGGCAUUGCUGACAGGAUGCAGAAGGAGAUUACAGCCCUGGCACCCAGCACAAUGAAGAUCAAGAUCAUCGCUCCCCCUGAGCGCAAGUACUCUGUGUGGAUUGGCGGCUCCAUCCUGGCCUCUCUGUCCACCUUCCAGCAGAUGUGGAUCAGCAAGCAGGAGUACGACGAAUCUGGCCCCUCCAUUGUCCACCGUAAAUGCUUCUAGGCGGACUGUUACUUAGCUGCGUUACACCCUUUCUUGACAAAACCUAAC